UUUUGACGUCAUUUCUAACAAAUAUGAGGGAAAUGUAAUAAAAAAACUUUUUUGGAGCAUUUCGAAGUUGUUUAAACGAAGCUGGUUUCAGCUAUCGCCAGGGUUGGAGGUGGUAUUAAAUGCUAGUUCCAGCCGGCUAGCUUCGGUGUAGGUCACAUCACAGGUCGGUUUAACAGUGCAUAUUUGUAAGACUGUUUACGUAUCUUGAUUUAUUUUCAGAUAUGUUAAGUUAGCAAUUUAUCUGUUAACGUUUGUGACAAAACCUGUUGUCCAAAGUAAUUAUUUGGUAAAUUUACUAGAACAUAAAACAUUAAAAGGCACUUUAGCACGUGCACAUCGUGGUUGGCAAGUUAUGGUAAAUCAUAUCAAUGCGACAUCAGAAAUGUAUACACUUAUAAUUUCUACCCCCUUAACAUUUUGAUAUUUUCCCAUGAAUGUAUAAAUAAAAUCGAAGAACUUUUGUUUGCGAUUUACAAAAGCGCAUACAACUUUUAAAUGCCGCCCGUUCGAUAUUCUGUAUUUAACACCCGUUUUUCUGUGGUAAGGUGUGAUUAUCACGACAUCCACAGUUUCAUUUCUGGGGGGUAAAAUGCCCCUGAGCUUCAGCCCGGGUCUGUUUUAAAGCUGGACUGUUCUGGCUCACGCGCCGCCAUUAUACAUUCACUGCAGCAGCGGCGACGCCUAGCCUCUGGAAAAAGCCAUUUUGUGACUAAUUCACCCAGUUUACACAUUUGCGAAACCGCAUCAAUUUAUGAUUAACCCUCCACAUGUGUUCGACGCUCGAGGGUUUUAUUCGAGCACGAUAAUCUCUUAAUAUAGUCUUAUAUUGCGUGUCAAGGGGGCGACCCAGAAUCUGUCCUUGGCGGAAGCGGAGACCCGCGCCCAGUAGGUUUGGAGGCAGGCACUGGUGCUGCAUGCUGUAGCAGUCACUCAUGAUGAUCCCUGGUCGUGUUUCCCCCUCUCGACGAGACCGAAAGCAGAUCCCGAUCCGUGGUCAGCUGGUCCUUCCACAGCAGCUGGCUGCCUAUCGUCCUGAACGCUUCUUCCUCCUCAUGUAGUACCUCCCAGUAUCCACUCAUCCGCCGAAAAUGUACUCCAUUUUGACCGAUUGGGUGAAAUGUUCGCCCGGAAAGGAGCGGGUAGAGCGAAGAGAAGCCGUAGUUCUGUAGACAAAAUGGAAGAUAAGACGGAUUGACUGUGCUUGCUUGUGUCGACUGCAGAGUUAUUUGAGAUUUGAAACCGUCACAAGCAAUGAGCUCUGUCUCACGACGGAGCGUAAACGCUUAGGGGCGGUGUAAUGAACAUCAAGCGUUUAUGUGUCGGGCUGGAUUUUAAUUCCACUUUUAAGUGAUUCCACAUAAUGAAUGGUGAAAUGGAUUCAACCACCCCAGACCCUGUCUGGGACCAGGAUGGCAUGUUGAAGCUAUUGGACGCCAUGAAGGGAAACCUUCCAGAGAAGGAUCUGGCCAAGUACAAGACCUCAGAGUCCCAUCUGGACUGGGAGAAAGUGGCUUUCAACCCGUACUCCGCAGACAUGUGCAAACAGAAAUGGCAGGAGGUUUCCAGAGAGAUACGCAAAUUCCGCACACUCUCCGAGUUGAUCGUGGAUGCACAAGACUUUGUAAAAAACCCCUAUAAAGGGAAGAAACUGAAGAAACACCCAGACUUCCCGAAAAAGCCGCUGACGCCGUAUUUCCGUUUCUUUAUGGAAAAGCGGGCCAAGUAUGCUAAGCUGCAUCCAGAAAUGAGCAACCUAGAUCUCACAAAAAUCCUAUCCAAAAAAUACAAAGAGCUGCCGGAGCGUAAAAAAGAGAAGUAUGUGAAUGAUUUUCUCCAAGAAAAGGGGGAAUUCGUGCACAGCAUGAACAAGUUCAGGGAAGAUCAUCCAGACCUUUUGGAGAACUUAAACAAGAAGUCUAAUGUUCCUGAGAAGGCCAAGACACCACAGCAGCUGUGGUAUUGCCACGAGAAGAAGGCCUUUCUCAAAUUACACCCAGAUGCGACCACCAAAGACAUCAAGGACAAUUUCGGGAAGCAGUGGAUGCAUCUCUCUGACAAGAAAAAGAUAAAGUGGAUCGUCAAGUCCCUGGAACUGCAGAAACAAUAUGAGGAGACGAUGCGCGAGUUCAUCCAGCAACAUCCAGAGAUGAACAUGAAGGAGGAGAACUUUCUCAAAUCCACUCUGACGAAAGCAGAGAGACAGCUCAAAGACAAGUUUGACGGGCGACCAGACAAACCCCCAUCUAAUGGUUACUCAAUGUUCUGUGCUGAGCUAAUGUCCGGUAUGAAGGAUGUUCCCAGUACUGAACGUAUGGUCAUGUGCAGCCAUCGCUGGAAACUCCUCAAACAAAAUGAGAAAGACGCGUACCAAAAACGCUGUGAGCAGAGAAAAAAAGAAUACGAGGUCAAGAUGAAUAGCUACUUGUUGAGUAUCUCAGAAGAGGAACAGCACAGAAUACUGUCAGAGCAGAAGAUGGGAAGCUUUAAAAGGGCUGGAGGCAGUCCUGCUCCUAAAAAGAACUCGAAGGCCAGCCUAGAGAAGCCCAAGCCCCCAGUGUCUGCAAUGUUUAUUUUUGCAGAGGAGAAGCGUCCAAAACUUCAUCAGGAAAGGCCCGAUCUCUCUGAUAUGGAGCUUACGAGACUACUCGCCCGCAUGUGGAGCGAUCUUUCUGACAAGAAAAAGGAGAAGUAUAAAAAUCUGGAGAUGACGUUGAGGGCAAACUCUGAGAAGCAGCUCAAAGAGGAUAAAGGGAAACUACCAGAAACGCCCAAAACAGCUCAGGAAAUCUGGCAACAGAGUGUCAUUGGAGACUAUCUUGCCCGAUUCAAGGGUGAUAGAGCGAAAGCUCAGAAGACCAUGGAGGCCACAUGGAACACCAUGGAGAAGAAAGAGAAAAUUGUUUGGAUCAAGAAGGCUGCAGAGGACCAGAAGAGAUAUGAGAGAGAGCUGAGUGAGAUGCGAUCACCUGCUCCGGUUUUCACCCCAGGAAAGAAAAUCAAAUUUGAAGGAGAGCCUAAGAAACCGCCCUCAAAUGGUUAUCAGAAAUUCUCUCAGGAGAUGCUGUCCAACGGAGAGCUCAACCACCUGCCCAUGAAAGAGCGAAUGGGUGAAAUCGGGGGCCGCUGGCAGCGACUUCUUCAAAAAGAGAAGGAUCGAUACAAAAAGUUGGCGGAGGAGAAACAGAGGCAGUACAAAGUGCUACUGGAGCAAUGGCUUGAGAGUUUGUCAACAUAUGAGAGAGCUGCGUACAAAGAAUAUAAUUCUAUGAAAAGGAGGAGUACAGGAAAACAAGGUGGCACCAAUGCUAAAGUUGCAGCCAAAGCCAAACAACCAGUGAGUGUAAAGACUCAAAAAAAAGUGGUGGUGGUGGAGGAGGAGGAAGAUGAUGACGAUGACGAAGACAAUGAUGAUAGAGAGAAAGAUUCUGAUGAAGGAUCAUCGUCUGGAGAUGAUAGCGACGACGAUGAUGAAGACGACGAUGAAGACGACAACGAUGAUAAUGAAGAUGUGGAGGAUGAAGUGGACGACAAAGAGAAUAAAUCCGAAAGCAGCAGCAGUGCCUCCAGCUCUGACGAUUCAUCGGGUUCGGAUUCGGACUGAGGCAAAGCCAUGUCAGGCUGAGCGCACAGACUGCCAGAAACGCUGUGAUCUGAGCCAUGAACCCAGGGGUCCGAGCCUGCUCCGCACUUCUCUUGUUCCACAACCAGAAAGUGCUUGCCCCAUUGUAAAACAUCUACAGCCACUCACUUCAUCCAGAGUCUUUUCCUCUGCUUGUGUUCCUUUUGUUUCCCUGGACAUCUUAUUUCUUCCUCCCCCUCCAAGUUUGCUUAUUAAGUUUAAAGGCGUUUUAGGCAAAUAAAAUGUGCACGAGGAUGUGUACUCAGAAUUCCUCUCCAGCAGAUCAGAGACAAAGGUGUAGAGCUAUUCUAUUGGCUUUUAGUCAUUGUUUGAAGCAUUGUUAGGGUGCACCUUUUUUAUUUUUUAUUUAAAGGUUUCAAAGGAGGACAAAGAGAGUACCAGGUGCCCUUUUCGUUCUCAUAAUUGAGCCAAAGAAUCUCUUAGUUUUGCUAAUUAUUUCGGGAGGCUAAGGGGACCAAAUAAUUGCACUGCUGAAGAAUGUCUGCUCUCCUAAUCUUCAUCUGUACCUCCUUCUUGUUCUUUUAGCAUUGUUCCACCGCAGACCUGUCAUCUCCCCCCCCCCUCAUUUUGCUUUGCUGAUUAGUUUUGCUUCGGUUCAAAAAAUGUGGUAUUUUCAGGAGCAAUGAAGCCAUUUUGAAUGUCGCUGCAUGGACCCCGCUGGUCAAUUCUCGUUCAUAAGACACCAUUACCUUACCUACACCUGAUGGGAGUUAAAGGUGAAAAUGAAUUAUUUAUUUUUCGUCCUAUUGUAAGAACGUUGCCUAUAGCUGUUUUGCAAUGUUGUUGUGACAUAGUCACAGAACAGCAGAUGUAUUUGAGUUAACUGUUCAAAAAGAUAAUUAAAGUUACAUGAUAAUGAUUAGUUCAUGAGUUAACUGUUUGCAAACACAAGCAAUGUUCUUUUAGUUGUUUCACUGGCUGGGCACCAAAAGGUUUUCUCUUUGUUAAAAGUGAUUUGUUUUAAAGCUGAGUUUUUCAACCACUAUUUUAUUUGGUGCUCCAAAGAACUAUUUGUUUUAAUUUGAGUAAUGUUUUAAAUAUGAAAGACAUGAGCUACCCCACAAUUCAGUGCACUUAUGGCGGAAUCCCAGGCUCGCAAGCCCAGUCUCCUUUCAGUAUUUGUUUUUAUUUUUACAUUUCAUAUAUAUCACUCCUGUAACUUUAAAGGUUUAUCAUACACCAGCUCAAGGAAUGUAACAGACAUGUUUUGCUUAAGAGAGGGGUACUGCUAUUUGUCACGUUUAUGUAUAAAUGAACAGUUUUGAGGGUGACUGGUAUAUUCUCUCAUUUCAAUGCAUCUAAAUUAAGAAAGGAUCUAGCAAUCUGAAAUGAGCUACUGUCUUUUAUUCUUAGUAUUCUUAGUCUCCAAUGUGAUGGGCACAGUACAUUACCUUUAAGAGCAUUGGGCAUUGCUAAUUUGCAAAUAAAUAGUAGUUGAAAAGAAAUUGAUUACAUGUAUUUUUGUUUUCAAGGAUUUCAAACGGUCAUCUUUUGACAUCUGGAAGCAGAUGCAUUUAAUCUGUAUUUAAGUGCCCAAAGUUUUCAAUUGUGCGAUCUUGUGUUGUUGGCUCAGUUAGCACAAUUUGACAAUUGAUGAUUUAAGUGAUGGGCUGGAAUAGGAGACCUUCCAGUCGACCUUCCAAUAUGUGUUCGAUAUUUUAUAGGAUUUUGAGAAAAUAGACUUUGGCUGGGUUCAGUGCUGUUGUAAGGUAUUUGUAAAUACGGCUUAAUUUUUUCCUUUGUAUUGUGUGAACAUAAUUGGUUUUGUGUUUUCAUUUGGUUAAGCAAUUUGCUGCUUUAGCCAAUAUAGUUUGUCAGUUGGGGAAAUGUUUUUAAUUUGGUAAGUUUUAGUUUUUACCCCUCCCCAUGUUUGUCUAUUUGUAGAAAUGGCAACAAAAAAAAGAAAAAAAUGACAUCUUAAAUUUGUACUGCAGAUUUGAAAAAAUUUGGACUUUUCUAUUCCAUGAAAUGUUAUAUCCCUGCUAUUUACAAUUUGGGCAAAUAAACCUCUUAAACAGUGA